GCUGCUGCUGGUCCUCCUUGCCUCCUCGCUUGAGCCCAGGGCAGAGCGUGCAGCGUGGCCGAUGGCGCCCUCCUGAAGAGGGAGGCAGGGAAGGAGCCAGGCGUGGGGAAGGCGCAGGGAAGGAGCCCAGGGUCUGCCAGGGGGGCAUCGCUCCUGGCCGCCCCCCAUGAUCGCCUCGAUGGCCAACUCCGGCUGCCUGCUGCUCCCCAACUCCGCCUUGCUGCCCCCCUCGCUGCCCUGCCCUCCGCCCGCUUUCCUCUACCUCCAGCAGGGCAACCAGGACGCCACGGCUCCUCCUGACGCAAUGGCCCAGCCCUAUCCCCCGGCCACAUACCCUCCACCUCCCCAGAAUGGCAUCCCUGCAGAAUAUGCUCCUCCGCCACACCCACACCCAGCACAGGACUACUCAGGACAGAGCACAGUCCCUGAGCACGCCUUGACUCUCUACACGCCAGCACAGAGCCACCCUGAACAGCCCGGCACUGAUGCCAGCACGCAGUCCAUAGCAGGCACACAGACAGUACCGCAGACAGAUGAAGCGGCACAGACGGACAACCAGACGCUACACCCACCAGAGAGUGGUUCUGACAAGCAACAGCCAAAGCGGUUACACGUCUCCAACAUCCCCUUUCGCUUCCGGGACCCUGACCUGCGGCAAAUGUUUGGGCAAUUUGGAAAGAUCCUGGAUGUUGAAAUCAUUUUCAAUGAGCGUGGUUCCAAGGGUUUUGGGUUUGUAACUUUUGAAACUAGUGCAGAUGCCGAUCGGGCACGGGAGAAGCUGAACGGCACCAUCGUAGAGGGACGCAAGAUUGAGGUCAACAAUGCUACAGCACGAGUGAUGACAAACAAAAAGGCAGUCAAUCCCUACACAAAUGGAUGGAAGCUGAACCCUGUGGUGGGGACUGUGUAUGGCCCAGAGUUCUAUGCAGUGACAGGUUUCCCAUAUCCAGCCACAGGAACAGCAGUAGCCUACCGGGGAGCACACUUACGAGGCCGGGGGCGUACAGUCUACAACACGUUCCGGGCAGCUCCCCCACCUCCACCCAUCCCCACUUAUGGAGCAGUGGUUUACCAAGACGGCUUCUACGGUGCUGAAAUUUAUGGGGGUUAUGCAGCCUACAGAUAUGCUCAGCCUGCGGCAGCAGCAGCAGCUUACAGCGACAGGGUUGGCAACUCUGCGAUCCCCCAGUUUCUAACGCUGCCCCCUGUGUUCGCUCCUAGUUACGGCAGAGUUUAUGCAGCUGCAGAUCCUUACCACCACACCAUUGGCCCUGCUGCCACCUACAGCAUUGGCACCAUGUGAAACCUUCAGCUGUUUCCUUCUGGGACCAGGAAGGGCACAAAAAAAUUUUUUUAAAGCAAAGCAACAAAACAAUUACAAAACUAAACAAGUCAAGCGACCGAGUGAAAGCCCCCUUCUGUCCACACAUGCGCCCCCCCCCAAAGGGAAAGGCUAACCGGAGCGCAACCAACCACCGACCGACCCAUCGGACAGACAGGACGGCAGCCACCCACAGACUCUGCAAAGCCGUCUGCACCCAGGAGACCCAUCGUGCCCUGUUCCCUUGCCCCCUCCUCCACUGCAGACCACGGGGCCAGGAGGACAAGCACUCUGACACACGGACUGGACUCUGCAGGCCCUGGGGCAUCACGUCUUCCUUCCAAGCCCUCCUGGAGAAGAACUGCGGUCACACCUCUACCGCAGACCAACGCCACGAGCGCACCUGCAGGGCUAGCAAUCCUGCUUUUUGCUUCCCGGAACCUCUUCCUGCUUUUUGUGCUUUGUUGGUUCAUCCAUUUGUCAAAUUGGCCUUGGGAGUUCCCGAGCCGGGCCAGAGCAGGGGCUUUUGGGGUAUAGCUAGCUUAUCCCAGUGGGUGGGAAUCUCGGGUUUUAGAGGGGGUUUUCUUUAAAGAGAUUGCACUUUCCCCUCCCCCUGAGGAUCCCAGAUUCCACCAGCCCCCUUGGGGUCAUACCCUCAACCACCACCCUCCCCAGCCCCCACUCGCACACUCAUCCCUUGACCAUCCCCAUAGCAGGCCUGGCUGAUCUCUGUGGCUCUCCUGAGAGCUGGGAUUUCCUGAGAUAAACCCUGCCUUCUCAAACAUGAGGCCCUAGAAACGAGGGCCAAAUGGGCACCACACACCCCUUUGAUAUGGUAAAGGUAGUGGAGGUGGUGGAAGAGGAAGAGAAUCAGGAGCUGUUGUCCCCACUGCCUGGGUGCCUGGGGCAAGCACAUUCCUUAAGGACUGCAGGGCCAAAUAAGUGACAGGACAUCACAUUCCCCCCUGGCAGCAGCUGGGGUAGGGAGUGGUGGGGGAGCAGUCUGCACACCAAGGUAAUUGAGAGAGAAGAACUGUUCUGCUGCACAAACAGAGGAAAUGUUUGCAAACUCUAGAGGCUGCUUUUGCAACGGGGCAUUCCCCCAUUGCCCUCAUUUUCUCCCUGCCACAACCAAUGGUGUGAGUAGUGCGCAUCAUGCAGCCUGCCUUCCUCUGCCACAUACCACCCUGGAGCCAGAUGGACUCAGGGCAUCCCCUCCUUGCCCCCCACACCUCUGCCACCCCUGACCCUGACCCCACCUGGGCUUAGUCAUCUCAUGAAACCUCACUUUCUAUUCAGCAUUGAAGCUCCUGACACGCCAGCAACCAGAUGAUCCUCCUUUUCUAUUCCUGUUGUACAUAGCCCCCCCCCCUUCCCCCCCCCGCCCCCCCCCCUUGUACAAAGCUCCUCUUCCUCCCAUUUGCUGCCCUCUCUCCCACCCUGGGAGCAUCAGCCACCCGCCCCAUUCUGUAUGCUUCUAAGGUGUGAACAUUCAAAUAAACAGUAUUAUUUAUUGAUUAUUAUAAUUAUUACUAUUAUUAUUAAGAUUAUUAAUAAAGGUUUCUUUCUUCAA